CCCCUGGAGGUUACCAUGGGGGGAGGUAAAGGCCACCAUGGGCCAGGCCCAGCCUACAACUCCUUGGAUGUCAGGGUGCUGCUGCAGCCAGGAGGGAUGACUUUGCAUCCACCCAAACUCCCCUGGUGCUCUCGGCUGCCGGCCAGAGUGCCCCAGCCCAGCCCUCUGCCAGACACACCACUUCCCCCUGGGGAACACACCUGGUCAGGCCCUCCCCAAAACCUCAGCACCAGCCUCAUUGGCUACCAGGGCUGCCCCAUGACACUGGCUCCACCAGAGCUGCCCAGGCGGAUCAGCCCCGGGGAGAAGCGUGCAGUCACGGCUCCUGUGGCCGCUUCUUCUUCCUGCUACGCUUGCUCCUGCACGCUUGCCGCUGGCACCAUGCAGCACCUUCGCCUCCUCCUCUUCCUUCUCCUCCUCCUCCCUGGGACGUGGGCAGAUCCAGAGGGCUCUUGUAAACUCCACCUUUUCCAAACCUUCAUCUUCCACAAUGCCAGCUUUGUGGACAUUUCAGCCUGGGCCACCCUGGAGGACAUCGUCUUUGCUGCCUUGCAGAAAUACACACAGAACAUCCUCUACCUCCACCCAUGGGUCUACCCAGCCCUGCCUGUAGCAGAGUGGGAAAACCUGAAAAACCUAUUCAGGAUCUACAUGCACAACUUCGUUCUGUCCCUAGCCGGUGAUGCCGAGCUGUACCAGACACCCUACCCCUUUGUAUUCCAGUGCGCGACUGGCUGUGACUUGUAUCCCAAUGGCUCCUAUACCAAAUUCUACCAUCUUGCCUACAACGCCCACAACUUCCUCAGCUUCGACGUGGACAACAGCCACUGGGAGAGGCGAGAGGAGAGUGCACUGGUGGCACAAGUUGAGAGGCAGUUCAACAACUUCACCGGCUUCUCUGUGACCCUGCAGCACCUUCUCAAUGCCACCUGUGUUGACCACAUGAAGAAAUUCAUCGAGUACGGGAAGGCAUCUCUGGAGAGACUAGAGCCACCCGUUGCCACGGUCUUCGCCCGCAUGCCCAAACCAGACCAGCUCCUGCUGGUUUGCCGCGUCACUGGCUUCUACCCACGGCCCAUCAGCGUGGCCUGGCUGCAGGAUGGCCAGGAGGUGCCGCCAGGCCCAGCGCUCAACACCAGCGCCAUCCUGCCCAACGCCGACCUCACCUACCAGCUCCGCAGCAUCCUGGCCGUGGCCCCCCACGACGGGCACAGCUACGCUUGCCGCGUGCGCCACCGCAGCCUGGGCACCCGCAGCCUCCUCAUCCCAUGGGGCAGCUCCAAGGUAGCUCUCGGUGGCGGCAUCACCAUCGCGGUGCUGCUGACCAUGGCUGCAGCCCUUGCUGGUGCCAUCUGGUGCUACAGACGCAGGAGCUGAGAGCACGGGACACACCACGCCAGGGAUGCCCCAGGGCCACACUGGCCCCCUGCAUCUCCCUGAUAAUAAAUCGCUAAUUAACACCCCA